AUGGAAGAUGCUGGGCCUUCCCACGCAGCUAAACCUUCAACAGAUACGGAGUACCUGCAGGUUUCUGUUCCAAAAUUUGACAAAGUUCCUUGGCUUAGUGAGGCAAGCCUGGUAAACAAGCCACUAGUACUCAGCAUCCCCAGAAGAUUCCAUUCCACUGCCAUGACUUCACCCAAGAAGGAUAUGGAUUCGCCAAUUUUGUUUCAAGUUCCAGAUGUCAUGUCUAAGGCCGAGGGGAACCAGAAUGAAUCUCUAUGGUUCAGGAACAAGCAACUGUGUCCUGCAUGCCGAGAAAUGAAAAUGAUAGGGACCGUAAGUUUAGCCACUGCAAGAGUUAAUUUUUGUAAUGUCAAGAAUGAAGAUGAGAGGGCGAUUAAAGAGAUUAAAGAACAGAUACAUUAUUUGUCGAAUUGUAGAAUGAUAGAACGUAAACCAUUUGUGACUACAAAUACUGCUAGCCUGUUUACCCCAAGAAUGAUGAGCCUUCAUCAACCCUAUGUCCAGAAGUCUAAACCUUCCUACAAUGACGUUCCAACAGAGAGCAUUCACUACAGACUGCCCAUUCUGGGCUCCCGGACAGCUGUCUUCCAUGGACUACUGUCAGGUGCCUACAAAACCCUUCAGGAGACCCAACACUCUCCUUUGCCCAAAAAGGAGCAAAUAAGCAAGACAUUGAAGCAGUGA